AUGACGUAUAAACAAAGUGAUAAGAAAUAUAAUGUUCAAGCAAUGACAACGAUUUUAGAUGAUAUGACUCAAAAAGCUUUAGAACGCUAUGAACAAAAGCAGGAUAAUCAAAAAAGAGACACGCAAUCAACAAUCAAUGAAGAAUAUAUGCAACCCACAAUUAAUCAGCCCUUCAGUAGAGACAAUCGAGUGAAAUUUCUUGAUUCUAAGCACAUCCCCGCACGAAUUGGAAAGUAUGAAGAAAGUUUGAGUGGAAGACCAUAUGCCUUGUUCUACAGGGGUUUAGAAAAUCUUGACCAUCGUGAUUUUUAUACAGGUUCCGUAGAUAAGUCUGUUCAUAAUAAUAUUGUUGAAUCUAAAACGCUCGUGAAAGAUGUAACUUUAGAUAGGGAGCGAAAACGAAAAGCAAGAAAAAUAUCAAACAUUAAAUUAAAUCGGAAAAAUUUAGAUUCGAACUUAAUAUAG